CUUUUUUGGCUGCACACUUUUACGGGAUGAAACUGUGAGAUCGUUUUCCUGGGCACUAAAGGCUUUCUUAGGGUUCAUGAAUGGAAAGGCUCCACAAACUAUAUUAACCGACCAAAAUAUAUGUCUCAAAGAAGCACUAUCCACAGAAAUGCCUACAACAAAACACGCUUUCUGCAUAUGGAUGAUAGUAGCAAAGUUUCCAUCUUGGUUUAAUGCUGUUCUAGGGGAACGGUACAAUGAGUGGAAGGCUGAAUUUUAUAGACUUUAUAAUCUUGAGUCAGUUGAGGAUUUUGAUCUAGGUUGGAGGGAAAUGGUUUGUUCUUUUGGGCUGCACUCCAAUCGGCACAUGGUUAAUUUAUAUAGUUCACGCUCUCUUUGGGCGUUGCCAUUUUUGAGAAGCCAUUUUCUUGCUGGAAUGACUUCAACUGGUCAGUCAAAGUCAAUCAAUGCUUUCAUUCAACGAUUUCUGAGUGCACAAACUCGCCUUGCACACUUUGUUGAACAGGUAGCUGUUGCUGUGGAUUUUAAAGAUCAAACUGGAGAACAACAAACCAUGCAGCAGAAUCUCCAAAAUGUUUGCCUCAAAACAGGGGCCCCUAUGGAAUCACACGCUGCCACAAUCCUCACUCCUUUUGCCUUUUCAAAGCUCCAAGAACAACUUGUACUGGCUGCACAUUAUGCAUCGUUUCCAAUUGAAGAUGGUUUUCUUGUGAGGCACCACACCAAAGCUGAGGGAGGUCGGAAAGUUUAUUGGGCCCCUCAAGAAGGAAUUAUAAGUUGUAGCUGCCAUCAGUUCGAGUUCACUGGUAUUCUUUGUCGGCAUUCUCUUAGAGUUCUUUCAACAGGAAAUUGCUUUCAGAUUCCAGAUGGAUAUCUUCCUAUUCGAUGGCGUCGCAUAAGCAUGCCCUCUUCUAAGCUUCUUCAAAGUGCGCCAAACGAUCAUGCCGAGAGAGUUAAGUUACUACAAAACAUGGUUUCAUCUCUGAUGACAGAAUCUGCUAAAUCUAAGGAACGGUUAGAUAUUGCAACAGAACAUGUUUCUAUCCUUCUGUCUCGCUUAAGAGAGCAACCAAUUUCUUUGCAAGGUGGUCGAGAGUCCCAGAAUUAGCACACCUCACACAUACAUGAUCUUUACCAGAGUCCCAUAAGGGCCGCAUUUCCAAGUUAGAUGUUCUGGCAAUAAUUCCUUCAUCUAAAAGGCUAGCAUUGUCUCUACGAAAAUGAAAAAAUGAAGAGAAUUGGAGAUGGUUCCAAAGAAGUAAGCUUACAAGUUAUAUAUAAAAAAGAAUUUCUCCCCCCAAAAUAACAAACCUUGCAAGCAUUUGAUUUUGAAUCUGGUAUUGUAUGAAUUAGUCCCCAUCGUGCUAAUCUCUGCAUACAUAAUACCCAGAAUAUUUUCAGGUAAGCAAAACUGAUUUUCAGUUGCAGAAAGUAAAAACAGGAGUAACUAAAAUUCAACUAGAGGUACAAACUGCCAGAGCCUAAAAGUUGAGUGCUACAAUUUGCAUGCUCUUCCCACAAGUUCUCUAUUGUUAUAAUUUUAUCAGGAUCCCAUCAAAUAGUGAGUGGGCGAAAUUUUAUCAGGAUUCCAUCAAAUAGUGAGUGGGCCCAGUUGUUUCCAUUUCUCCAGCCUAAAUUGAAUUGGGAACCAUUCAUCAAAGCUAUAAGAGAUGUAACAGAUGCGAUCAAAUUUAUGUUGGAUUUCGCAACCACUUGACCUUGUUAAACAGUCCAAGUUUUGUGAAUCUUAAUCUUGUCAAAUCAAUUGCGAGCAGCAAAUACUAGCCAGAAGAUACAUCUUGCCAGUGCUCAAAUGAGUAAAUAUCAUGCAGGAUUAUAUUCUUCCCACCACUCUACCAAAAGUAACAGUUUUGAAGCAUUGUUCAUGGAGAAAGCUAACUAAGGUGGCUCUAGUUUCUUCUUAUAAGGAAGAAAAAAAAAAUUGGAGUGGCAACAAUACAAUAAAAUUCCAGCAAAAUUCCUAAUUUGACGGGUAUUGUAACUAUAAUUGAAAAGGUGUAAUCAGAUUAUCCAUCCUGUGUUCGGCCAACUGAGCAGAGAAAUCAUAGAGUUAUGCAAGGGAUGCAACAAAAUUUUGAAGUGAACAUCAAAAACACAGUAUUGAAAAUAGAGUGGGUGUAAAAUAUGAAACCAAUAGCAGAAAAAGAAAGUAGCAACAGAAAGUGAGAGAAUAAAGGAGUUGAAAUAACUUGUCGAGGAAAAGAUGGUUAUAAGUUGACGGAUGAAGAAAGUGGGAAACAUGUUUGAUGAAGGAAGUGGGUGAGAGAAAAAAAACCUCAGACAGCCGAAAAUUAGUGAAGAAAGUGAGACGGAGAGGGAGGAAGCUUACAGUGACAGAAUCGAAAGACUUCAUUGUUGAACGUUGAAGUGAGUUGUGGGAGGUAGCGAAAGCAGAAAAGGGUAUGAGUGAUACGUAUGAUUAGUUUAGUAGGUGAAAAAAUGAACGAUCGUUGAAAGAAGAAAAGGGAAGAAAAAGGAAAAGAAGGAACAAUUGGAAAGGAAGGAAUAGGAGAAAAGAAAGUUGGUUGGAGAAAGAAAGGGAGAAAAGAAGAAGACCGAAUAAAAGAGGUGGUGAUGCUGCAAACAUAUAAACAAACAAAGAAUCAGUGUUCUGAAGAGAGAAAGCAAGUUGUUCCUCAUAGUAAUAGUCAAUUUAUAGAAAGUUAGCAUGCAAUGCUUUAAACACAUGAAGUUUUUUAUUAUAUUGUCCUAUUUAAUAUAAUUAUAUGAAGUUUUGAAAAAUAAA